AUGAAAGAAUCCGUAGGUAUAGGACUGCUGGGCAUGGGCGUGGUUGGCGGUGGCGUGGCAAGCGUUCUAGGUGACAAAUCCGCGCUGCUGGCGAAAUUGGCAGGCGCGCCGCUGAAGCUGCAAGGCGCGCUUGUGCGCGACCUCAGCAGGCAGCGGGCCGCAAGCCUGCCCGAUGGCGCGCUCACAACUCACGCCGAUGACAUCCUGGACAAUCCCGAUGUGGACAUCGUCGUGGAGGUCAUCGGCGGCGAGCAGCCCGCGCUCGACUACAUCCUCAAGAGCAUCUCGCUCGGCAAGCAUGUCGUAACCGCCAACAAAGAGGUGAUGGCAAAGCACGGCGCGAAGAUCCUCUCGCACGCACAGAAGCACGGCGUGCAGGUGCUGUUCGAGGCGAGCGUCGCCGGUGGCACUCCCAUAAUCGCCCCACUGCUGCGCGACCUCGUGGCGAACGAAGUCGUCAGCAUCAACGGCAUCAUCAACGGCACGACCAACUACAUCCUGACCAAGAUGGCUCAGGAAGGACAGGACUUCGGUGUCGCGCUCGCAGCAGCACAGGAACUGGGCUACGCCGAAUCUGACCCCACCAACGACGUCGAAGGCAUAGACGCCGCCUACAAGCUCGCAAUACUCUCCACGCUCGCAUUUCGCGCCCGCGUGAGCGACGCCGAUGUGUACAGCGAAGGCAUAACGCAUCUGACAGCGCAGGACUUCCGCUACGCAAGCGAGCUUGGUUACGCCAUCAAGCUGCUCGCCAUCGCAAGUAAGACGGAUGGCGCGGUCCACGUGCGCGUACAUCCAGCGAUGGUACGCUCCGACGUGAUGCUGGCGAAGGUUGACGGCGUGCUGAACGCCAUCGAAGUGCAGACCGACCUCGCCGGGCGCGUGCUUUUCCAUGGGCGCGGCGCAGGCGACAUGCCCACGACCAGCGCAGUCCUCGCCGAUGUGAUGGACAUAGCGCGCAACAUAGUCAGCGGAAUCGAAGCCCCGCCGCUGCCAUCACUCACCGCCGACGUGCAUAUAAGCCCCAUGGAUGCGCUCGAAACGAAAUACUACAUGCGCAUGAAUGUAGUGGAGCGCCCCGGCGUCUUCGCGCAGAUACUCAAGGUGCUCGGCGACCUCGACAUCAGCAUCGCAUCCGCUAUCCAGAAAGAGACCGACGACGACGCCCGCCGCGCCGAGAUAGUCCUCAUGACGCACCGAGCGAAAGAGGCAUCCGUGCAGGCCGCGCUCCAAGCCAUCGACAAGCUGCAAGUCGUCAACGAAAUCGGCAGCCUCAUCCGCGUCGAAGAGUGGGACUAG